AUGGUCGACUCGACGGCGGUCGACUACCUUCAUUCGCCCGGCUACCGAGCCAACUUGACACCUUCGCAGACACUUGCACUCUUCAAGCUUUGGCGUCGCUUCCUCCGACUAUGUGAGAUUACAUCGCAUUCUUCCGACUCGAUCGGCGCCGCCACCGACGUACAGCCGCCUCCGCCCGCGUCGCGCAGUUCAUUCGAUUCACUUAGGCGCAAUCUCGGUCGAAAAGCACGUGCAACUGCUUCCGAACCCAAUUCGCACCACACGUCUGCCUCCACUUCUCAUGAGAACCUUCAGCCAGCCGAUCGCCUCGAUGCCAAUGCGAUCCCCAAAGAUGACAAGCUCAAAGAACAUCUGCGCCAUCUCGAGGAGAGCAAAGACAUGCAGGCCUUUCUGCUCCAGCACGGCGGCGCUGCUUUGCGGCGCGAAUUCUGGGCCAUCGUCAAGGGCGAACAUCCGGACGCCUACAUGCUUCGUUGCCUGCGUGCGCGCAAGUGGGACGUCAACCGUGCUCUUGCCAUCAUUGGUUCCACUUGUGCCUUCCGUGUUCAGUACAACAUCUCGCGCAUCAUGAAGGAAGCGGAGCUCGGUCUGAUCAAGACACGCGGUGGCUACAACAUUAUGAACAAUGGAAUCUCAUACGUGCGAGGCGCAACAGCCGCCGGAGAGCCGGUCUAUUUCAUCGAAGUGGGCUCGCACUACUCGUCCAACCAGACCGCCGAAGAGCUCAAACGUGGCGUCAUUUUGCUCCAAGAAAGCUUGCAGAUGCUCAUGCCCCCGCCUGUCGAGCGCAAAGUCGUGAUUUUCAACCUCAGCAAUUUUGGUAUUCGCAACAUGGACUGGAGCGUAGUUCUCUUCAUGGCCAAGACCAUGGAGUCCUUUUACCCAGAGACUCUGGCUCGGGUGUAUGUGCACGGUGCGCCUUGGAUCUUCAAACCCAUCUGGAGCAUCCUUCGUCCGCUGCUCGAUCCCGUGGUCAGGGACAAAGUUCACCUCACAUGGAAGGUUGAGGAAUUGCAGGACCACGUGCCCGCAGAGCAUCUUCCCAAGCACACCAUGAACGGCAAGCUCGACUGGUCCUUCUCCUACCCCAUGCCGAGCGAAGACGAGAACGACAUCCAAAAUGACACGGCCACCGCCGAAGAGCUGGAGACAGCGUAUCGCAACGCAUGCAUCGAGUUCGAGUAUGCCACGCGUGCGCUCGCACGUGCCUACGGAGAUGCUGCGCUCGCCGACGCCAAAGGCAACGGCAUCCGGCCCAAGUUCGGUCGCGCCCACAAGGACGCAGCAACGCUGGUCGAGCGCUGGGGGGAUGACGACGACGACUGGGAGCCCGAAGGCGUCGCAAGUCUUCGAGCCAAUCGCGACAUUCUCGCCACAAAGGUGCGCGUUGCUUGGCUCAAACUCAAACCGUACGUGGUGGGUACGCUCAGGUACGAUCGACUGGGCGUCUUGGACAAGGAGGGCGUUAUCAGGUGGACUUAUGACACUGUAGACGGCAAGCACGAGGAGCAGGUGCUCGGUGAGGGUACAUCAUUGUCGGUGCUGGAGCGCAACCUUGCCGAGUUGGACGCGAUCACCUCAUCGGCGAACAGCAACGGCGCUGGCCUCAUUGUGGCCAAGACGCAUGCUUCACGGUCUAGACUGGAUGAACAAGGCGCCAGACGAUCGUCACCACGCCAUAACGGCGGCGGAUCGUACACCAAUGCAAGCCAUGGCAUCGCCAGCAGAACGCAACCACCACCACCACCAACCGCCUCGACCGCCAUCGCCAGUUCCACCCUCCACGACCUCGUAUCCAACGUCGAAGCAGAGGGCCGACCGAGCUCCGUUGGGCUGACCUCGGUCUCGAAAAGAAACAGCGCCACGGACAGCGCAUACCACGAGGUGAUCCCAAUCCACCCGAGUCAGCUCCACAAGAUGGCCAAGGCGCGCGAUGCCGAUGCCGAGGUAGCCGAAAUCGACCAGCUGUAG